AUGUACUUCAACGUUACACUCAAGCCAGGAGCUCCCGCCGAGGAAAUCGACAAAGCCAAGGCAUCAGCCAAGAAGAACGGUGGUACCAUCCGUCAUGAAUACAAGCUGAUCAAAGGCUUCACUGUGGAGUAUCCCGAUGACCACAACCUGGAAGACGUCCUCAAGUCCACCAACUAUGUCAACGUCGAGCAGGAUGGCCCUGGACCCGCCAAGAAGGCUGCUACCAUGACUUCGUCCAUCUAA